CCCAACCACAGCACGCACGUGUUUUGUCACCUCGCUAAUGUUGUUUGUGUUAAUUGUGUUACAGUUCCGCCCCACCAGCUGCUCAUCUACGACAAUUCCGGUAGGGACGUUUCCGGUGUGGUCGGACCUCUGGAAGAGAAGGCGGACUUGGUGCUUACGUGCGAAGUCAGGGGAGGUCGCCCUCCUCCCACAGUUUCAUGGUUCGUCAACGAACGCAUGGUUUCUGGUCAUGUAGAAGCCAUCGGAAACCAUGUUACAGUUAAUAGAUUAGAAGUAUCAGCUAUCACCAGACAACAACUUAACUCUACGUACAAAUGUCAAGCUAGCAACACCAAGUUAAUGAUGCCAGUAGAGAAAACCGUCAGACUGGAGCUACUUUUGAAACCGCUAAGUAUAGAAGUUAUUAACAAACCGAAGCAACUAGUAGCAAAUGAAGAAGUAUCUGUGAAAUGUGUUGUGGUUGGAUCAAGACCAAAAGCGCUGAUAUCCUGGACCAGAGAUACUCGAAUAUUUCGGAGAGGGAAGGUUGUUGAAGACGGAAAUGAGACUGUAUCCGAAUCGACAAUAACUUUUGUGCCAGUACCAGAAGAUGAUGGUAGCAUCUUCAAAUGUAUAGGAGAGAAUCCAAAACUCGUUGGUGUAGGAUUAGAAGACUCUUUCAAGCUAAACGUAGUUUACCCGCCGCAAGUGGUACUCCACCUCGGCAAUACUCUCAACCCUGAAGAUAUCAAGGAGGGCGACGACGUGUACUUCGAGUGCAACAUCAAAGCCAAUCCCAAGCAACACCGGAUAUCCUGGUAUCAUGAUGGCCAACCAGUAAGCCAAAACAUGUCUUCUGGCGUGAUAAUCAGCACCCAUAGCUUAGUUCUCCAAAAAGUAGCUAGAUGGCAAAGUGGAUCUUACACAUGUCUAGCAGCAAACGCUAGGGGAGAAACUUCCAGUGCACCAGUGUACCUCAGAGUUAGAUUUGCUCCAAUCUGCAUUCACUCCAACGGCCUGGGCCCAGCCAUAACAAUCGUGGGCGCGAGCGUCUCUGAAGCUGUCAAAGUGCGCUGUCAAGUAGCCGCCGACCCGUCUGACGUCACGUUCGUCUGGCAGUUCAACAACAGCGGUGACAGCUUUGAUGUUUCACCUGCCAAAGUCCAUCUUCAGGCGCCAAAUGCUAGCGAGCUGAUGUACACGCCCACUAGUGCCAGGGAUUAUGGCACCCUGACAUGUACGGCAAGAAAUUCGGUGGGCAGUCAGCAGGAACCUUGCGUCUUCCAGUCCACCAACGAACUGCUCUAUAAGAACUGUGGCCCCUUCUGUCAAUCGAACAGAAGUACUAACACCACUCACUGCGACUAUGGAGGUGUUUGAUGCACGGGCAUCUCGGAUACGAGCGAACUAUUCUGCCGAAAGUCUAGAUGGAGGUGCAUCCGUCAUGUUCCGGUUAGAGCUUGGAGAAAUGGUUCCCCCACCAGAGGGUGCACUCAGGAUGGUUGUAUAUGCCGAGAAUGCAAAAGGAAGAAGUGAAAAGGUUGUUUUGGAGGAUGUCAUGCUUAACGACGCCGAAAAAAGGACAGAUGGUACCAAUAACGUCAGUCUAGUACCAAUAGCAGGUCUUUUGACUGGUCUCCUCCUGACACUUGGAAUGGCAGUACUAGUUAUAGUUGUGAUAGCUGUCAGAAGGAAAAGAGAGUGUAAUGGUCGGUUGCACUGUCCACAUCACAUCAAUAUAGAUGCUUCAAAAACGAACUCCAAGCUUCGUCCAGUGGUGGGCGGCGCCAAUAAUACCCUCCCCCACCACCACCCAGGCUCCAUGCUGGAGAUCAACACUGGCGACAAUCGGUACGUCGUCGCGUACACGCUCAAGCCGGCAGCAGACUGCGCCGACGAAGGGGCAGGGCAAAGAUUGAUCACGCCCCCUGAAGCCGAUAGGGCGGUACCGCCAUCGCUCCUCCCACAGUUGGAGGUGGUGCGCGGCCAACCCGACAUCCUGAACGCACAGCCCAGAGGUGAGGAGGGUAGCGUGCUCGUACAGUGCCGGAAUCAAUGUCACUGCAAGUGUCGGUGCAGCCAUUUCGAUACAUUUAGACAUUUCGAGGAUGUAGUUUGAAAUUGAUUAGUAGGAUUUUAGUAUAGAAUGUCAUCAUAAAUAACAAAUAUAUCACAAUGAACAAAAAAACUUCUACCUGGUGCUACAAAAUGUUGUCAGGAAGGUGCAGGUUCAGUACGUAAAAGUAUGAAAAAGAACAUAUAGGCGAAUGUCACACUAUCAGUGUUUGCUGUGAUUCCUACUAUCAGCAUUUACUGAUCAUUUCGUCUGUGUCAUUGGAUUUCUACGUAACUUUAUAUUUCACAAAUUACUGACAUCCGGGCUACACAGUCAGUAAAUGAUAAAUAAUAACGGAUCACAAUUAAUGAUGAUUGUGUGACAUUCGCCAUAAGUAUACAUAUGUACCGAAAUUUAUCAUUUCCAUAGUGCGGAGUGUUCAGAUAUUCCGGUUUUUGAUAGCAUUACUCGCCACUGGUUUUUUUAAAAAUGAUCGUUCGAGUCCAUAUUCAUUCUGCUUGAAAAAGUACCUUCAGGAGUUUUUUGUUAAUUCCUUAAUUACUGACAGCACUUUUUAUUAUCGACAGAUAGACGGUUGUACUGUUUAAAAAUGUAGUUCUUAUUCAGAAUACGAAAAGCUCUCGCUUUAGGGUACUAAUUCAGUUUUAUUAAAAGAACAGUGACGAAUUGUUUUAUCACUGAACAUAGAUGCUUUAGAAAACAAUAUUGUAUAUGUUAAUGUGACCUUUUGAGCUUAGAUAAUACAUUUACGGGAAUUAGAAAUCAUAUUACUAGAAAUGUUUGGCAAUCACAAAUACCGCAUACGUAAAGCUUAACGUUAACCUUAAUCGACAUUCAUCACAAUCUGUAUUUGAAUAUGGUACGUAAACUGUCAAAGACGUACCAGUUUAACUCCUCGUUUUAUAGAAUCGUAGCACAUGAUUCUUUUCCAUAUUUUAAAGUGCUGAAUAUGCCCUUCAAUAUUUCCUGAGACUAUACUCAAUUAAGAUACACCCUAUUUCUGAUAAUGUCAACUGAAAUUCAACUUAUCACAUAUUAAAUUUAACAAAAUUUGAUACAUUCUAUACUAAAUAUUAUUCUGAACUGUGUCUUUCUGUAAAUCAAAACCUUAGGUUCAUUUGACUCUUUCGCGAUAUUUUCUUUCGAAUUGUGUAAGACUCUCUCUUGCAUUAGUUGUAAAGCUUGCUACAUCAAAACGCAGAAGCAUGAUUUUCUCGCUGCAGAACUAUCUCUUGGUGAACAUUUCAAUUUAUAAACCUUUUUUAUUAUCUUAGGAGAUAUCAAACCCAUUUGAUGCGUCUUCCCACCUCCAACUCAGUCAUUUGUGUUCACUCUAAAGAAAAUUGUUUUUGAUAUAUUUCCGCAUGUUUAAAAAUUUGUGAAAUACCAUUCCAGUAACAAAAGCUCAGAUUCAUUGCUGCCUAAUGAUCUCUAAAAGAUUUGCAUUCACAAUGUUCUUGCUUUUUGCAAUGUUUCUUUCAUAACUUGUGUCAACUAUAAGGCGUACCAUCAUCGUCGUUUGCGUAAUAGUGCCUAUCAUUGCAUAUACAACAUUUAUACAGCACCACUUCCGUUUUCCAUUUUAGAGUCUUAGUUGCACAAGGCUACAUCACUCCUUUGUAGUCUUUUUAUAUAUUCUAUUCUUCCAUUUACAGAAGAGAUGUGUUUUAGUUUUGCUGUAAAGUAUGUGCCCAAGGCGUGCUUAAAAACCCUACACUAUAACACGUUGAACAAGAAGUUCGAUUAACCUUGUACUGUGAGGUAAUAGUACAGAAAAUGCCGAAAAUCAGAUGUGUGAGGACUUUAAAUCAUUUUGGACUUUGAUAAGGUUCGUCGGUCACCUGACUCCAGUAAAACUGGGCGACUAUAGUCAUGAUUACAAGAUUUGCCUCCAAAUGCUAACUCAUUUUCGCAAUAGUUGAAGAAUAUACCGAAUAGUUACAAUGUUUACGUUCUUAUGUAAUCAUAUACAGUGUGUCCCGGAUUCGCUUCUCUAUACAGGGAUCUCGGCUCCUGUUAUACCUACAGCAAAGGUUAAAUGGGGAAAGUUUUAGAAUAAACUUGGUGCUUUCGAUAGCCGGCUUCGGAUUUACGAUCAGUCAAUUAGUUUUGAAAAAAUCAACGAAAAACCGGAAAUGACGGAAUUUGUUUUUUGCCAGUAAAUCCAAGACGGUUUAUUUGACAGCUAUUAAAGGGUGACAAUAUUCGGACAUUUAAAAAAAAAAAGAUAGCAUGUAUGACAUGUCUCAAUCGUCUUUUGUUUUUCAGCAACCCGCCUCAACUUUCAUUUUUCUUUU